AGCAACGGCAAAAUGUCGCGAGCUAGAUUUCCGGUGGCGUUCGGUUCCCGUUUGUCGUUUGAUACCGUGCCGUAGUGUCACCUGCCCGAAAAGAGUUAGGUCCACGCGAGAAAUUUCAUCAAAUAUCAAUAUGACAGACGACGUAGUGGUGUUGGACGAUCCCGUCCACACAAAGGAGGAAAUAGCGCACUUCCACGCACCGGCGAUUCAGCACAAUCCUGACGGCUGGGGUCCGUGUGAGCUGCCAGAUCAGUUUAAGGACAUUCCAUAUCAGCCAUUUUCGAAAGGCGAUAGAUUAGGCAAGAUCUCCGAUUGGACUACACCGGCCUUCCCGGACAAAAAGUUCCCAAACAAAUAUACAUCGCAAUUUGGUUGUGGCAGCCAAUAUGCGUAUUAUCACGAUGAAGAUGAAACAAGUUUCCACUUGGUGGACACUACCCGUGUGCAGAAGCCACCAUACCAGCGGGGCCGUUUCCGUCACAACCAACGCAAUUUGCGCGGUCGUGGUGGCCAACGCGGUGCGUUGAGUCAGAUGCAGCAAUUGGGAAAGCUGAAGCUGCGUGAACGCGAACGCAAGGGGCAGACGAAACGUUGGGGUCGGCAGCAGGGUCUGCGCAAUCACAAAAAUCAGCCACCCAUCAAGAUACGAGACGCUUCCGUGACGGUCCGGCCAGACUGGAUGACCAUCGAAGAGAUGGACUUCCCACGUUUGGCAAAGCUCUCAUUGCCUGGCGUAAAGGAUGGCGAGGAUAUAUUAUGCUGCGGCUCGCUCGAGUAUUAUGACAAAACAUAUGAUCGCGUGAAUGUGAAGAGCGAGAAGCCGCUUCAACGGAUCGACCGGAUCUUCCAUACAGUGACCACCACCGACGAUCCUAUUGUCCGCAAGCUAUCCAAGACCGAGGGCAACGUUUACGCCACUGAUGCAAUAUUAGCUACAAUUAUGUGUUGUACACGCAGUAAUUAUUCAUGGGACAUCGUCAUCGAGAAGAUUGGCGACAAGCUGUUCUUUGACAAGCGCGACAACACCGAGUUCGAUUUGCUGACCGUGAACGAAACCAGUGUGGAGCCGCCGCAGGACGAUAGCAACUCGUUAAACUCGCCGCGUAACUUAGCCCUUGAAGCGACUUUCAUCAAUCACAACUUCUCGCAACAGGUGCUGAAGUCGAAUGAGCCGCGUUACAAGUUCGAGGAGGGCAACCCGUUCAUCUCUGAGGAGGAGGAGAGCGACGUGGCGAGCGUAGCGUACCGUUAUCGCAAGUGGGAUCUGAACAACGGCAUAGUGCUCGUCGCACGUUGCGAACACGACGCCGUGAUGCAGGGCCCUAAUAACGAGAACCAGUUCUUGACGAUCAAGGCGUUGAAUGAGUGGGACUCGAAGCUGGCCAACGGAGUCGAAUGGCGUCAGAAGUUGGACACGCAGCGGGGUGCGGUCCUGGCUAACGAGUUGCGCAACAACGCGUGCAAGCUCGCCAAAUGGACCGUGCAGGCGUUAUUGGCCGGUUCGGAUCAGCUCAAGUUCGGUUACGUAUCGCGCGCUAUAGUACGCGACUCCAGCAAACAUGUGAUCCUCGGGACUCAGCAGUACAAACCGAACGAAUUCGCCACGCAGAUCAAUCUGAACAUGGACAACGCAUGGGGAAUUCUCAGAUGUAUCAUCGACAUCUGCAUGAAGCAGAAGGACGGCAAGUACUUGAUUAUGAAGGACCCGAACAAGCCUAUGAUCCGGUUGUACGAUAUUCCUGAUAAUACGUUCGAAAGCGAAGGCGAGGAGGACGAGGACGAUGAUGAACCUGUUAACGACGCGUUUCAGAGUUAAUAGCGACAACAGUAAUUGUACUUUCGUUACUAGUCGGUAAUCGCGUUCAAUCAACCGACGCUUUUACACGAAUUAUUGUAAAAGGCCCAUAAGAAUUAUUGGCGGGGGAAAUAAAUGAAAAAGUUUGGAUAUGAUACUUGA